AUGCUGAAGUCCAUCGUGAUCUCGCUGAUCGUGUACGGCGUCGCGGUGAGUUGCAGCGAAGAGUCUGCGGCGGAUGUUGCGCGAGACAUCUACAGAAGCUGUCUCAGUGAGUGGUCGACGGAGUGUGUGAAGCCGAAGGCGCUGUCUUGGCUAAGAGAGGCCUCUCAGACAGAUGUGAUUCGACUCACGGAUGAGCUCUCGCUGGUGCGCACCGCAGAGGCUGAGCCAGAAGAUGAGGGAAAAGUUCUUCCGCGAGAGCUCAGAGCUUUCGACAAGAUCGAUGAGUUCCUCUCCACACACGCUCUUCGCAUCGAACCGCCCAAGUUUCUGCAAGACAAAUCUGUGCGGAAACUCAUACCAAAGUCACUCCUCAAAGGCGGACUCGCCGAUGGAGUUCAAGUGCCGCUCGCCGAAGGGAAAGUCGCUGAAGGUCGAGGCUUUGUGAAGAAAGUCAUGAUUCCCUUCCUGUUGGGCCUCAAGAUCAAAACAUUCGGCUUGGUGCCCCUCGCGCUCGCUCUCAUCGCCCUCAAGACGUGGAAGGCCAUGACUCUCGGUCUUCUGUCCCUCGUCGUGGCCGGAGCCAUCGUGAUCUUCAGGCUAGCCAAACCAAAAGUGGUCAACUACGAAGUCGUCCACUAUCCUCAUCACCAUCACGUUGAGCACCACGUAGAGCCGCAGCAUGUCCAUUGGGAUCCUCCACAGGGCUGGAGUCGCCAAAUGGACGCCCAGGAAAUGGCUUAUUCCAGUUAUUUGUAG